AGCAAAUAAUAUCGCUUGGGGGUUUAGGGUUUCUAUUCUGCUCAAGAUCGAUUGGUUUGAUUCCUCCAAUCAAGCAUUGAGGGAGAGUUUUAGCAUUCAGGUGCUUCUUUGUAAGUUCAACUCAGUUUAGGUGGAUGUUUUUCCAUCUAUUUAGAUUUUGAAGAACACAUUUUCCCAUUUACAAUAGAUUUUGAAAGCAAUUAUAACAGGAAAGGAGACAUCAUCUUAUUGUAAUUUGGAAGCAGAUAGAAUCAUUGAUUAGAGUGAACUUGUCUCAGAUCAGAUGCAUUGUAUCAGAAUUUUUGGGUUUUUCACUUUUUAAACUUGAAAUUGGAGUUUAGGGUUCAAUUACUGAACUUGAAGAGUUACUGCUCAUCAGCCAUUUCUAAACUCAAAGUUUAGGUUAAUCCCUUAAGGAAUGAAAGAAUCAAGAAAUGCACCAGGGGAAGAUAGAAUCAGUAUGUUACCUGGUGGACUGAUUCACCAUAUUCUGUCUUUCAAUGAUACUAAAUAUGCUGUUCAGACUAGUGUGUUGUCGAAACGAUGGAUCCAUAUUUGGAAAUCUCUACCUGUUCUGGAAUUCAAUAGGAGUUUGUUUUCUCGUGAGAAUACUAAGAAAUUCAUAGAAUUUGUUUACAUGGUAUUCAUGUUUCGCGAUGACACCGAUCUUCUGAAGUUUAGUCUGGAUUGGGACUCUGAGUAUGAUAAUACAGUGAUUAUGAAUGUUAAUAGAUGGAGCCUUUUUGCCGUCAAGUAUAAUGUUCAAGAAAUAAGUUUAGUGAUUGAGGAAUUGCAUAGUGGGGCAUAAGAAAUUCCACACCUACUGCUGAAUUCCAGAACACUGAGAAAGCUGGAAAAACAAGUGUUCGACGCUGACGGAUAUGUAGAUAUAAUUCUACCAAGAUCUACGAAUUCACCACAGCUUAAAGAACUGUAUAUAUAUGGAUUUUCAGUCACCAACCUAGAAUUAUCUAAAAGAUUCUUUUCAAGUUGUCCAGUUCUUGAAAAGUUAUGCAUAUCUGGUAGUGAUAAUCUAAGGAAUUUGAAUUUGAUUGUUGAUUCUCAAAGCCUUAAGAAGUUUGUACACACUUGUUGGAAGAGACAGUUUUUGCCGCAAAAUGAUACUAUGGCUAACAUUAUCAAGUUAUGUGCUCCAAACCUGGAAGACUUCAUUUGCAGUUUUUAUUUGACACAAGAUUAUUCUUUAGAAAUCUAUUCUCCACCGUCUGCGAUAAGUUUUCGCAUGAUAUUCAGCAAAAAAGAAGAAGAUGAGAAUGCAAAAACAUAUUCAAAGCUGCCUUCAAAGGAUAUGGAUGUGUAUGCUAAACGCUUGGUGAAAUAUCUUGGAGCGGUUUAUCCGGUGAAACAUUUGAGAUCAUCACCUGGAUUCCUUGAGGUUCUCUCACGAGCUCCUGAUUUACUAGACUUUCUACCUCCUCGCUUUUGUAAUCUACAAUCUUUGGUGCUGGAAACGUGGCCUACCGGAGGUUGCUUGCGGGCUAUAAGAUACUUACUCAGCAUUUCUCCUAAUAUAACUAGACUUUUCCUUGAAAUGAAGGAGUCCAAUUUAUCGGACGUUGGAGAUUACUCGGAAGCAGGAUUGUCAUUCCCGGAAAUGUUGUCUCAUCUUGAGUAUUUCGAGUUCAUAGAUGCGGAAGGAUCUGAUGCUGAGUUCAGAAUUCUGAAUUUCUUGUUGAGAAAUGAAAAGGUUCUGAAGAAAAUUGGUGUAACAUUUCGUUCCAGUGUUGCCCAGCGUGAUAGAAAGAGACACGUUGCGCGAUUCUCGGAUAAGAUUAGAGCAGGUCGUAAAGCUUCUUCAAGUUUCCAAUUCGCAUAUAAUUUAAAAUUUACUUGGUGACUUUGUGAUAUUUACUUCGGUUCGAAACGGAAAGUACUCGGAUGAGAAGCUAUCAGGUGCAGUACGUCUUCUUUGUGGCCUUGCUUUACUGCUAAUUGUGUUAUAUUUUGUUUUUAUUGGAGAUUGGAAUCCUUCUUAGAUUAUUGUGAUUUGUUUUGUGUAGUUUGGAGUGGGAAUUAUGAACCUAUAGUGUUUCUAGUAGUUCAAGACUUCAAGUUAAAAUUUG